AUGCACAGGCUCCCCCUCCCCCUCCUCCCCGCCGCGUCCACCUUCAUUGACGCCACGGCGCCCUUCCUGCUCCCGACCUCCUCCAUGCCCGCCCUCCGCCUCGGCUCCCCGGCGCUCCUCGCCGCGCGCCGGGGCCCGCUCCCCUGGCUGCGCUGCGUCGGCGCGCCCAGGCGGGGCAUGUGCUGCUCCCUCGACGCCUCCAGCCGCGCCGGGGACGGCGGCUCGGAGGAGGAGGACGACGACGAGAAGCGGCGCGGGGCCCGCGCGGCCGCCGAAAGGAGGCUCAGGGGCGGCACCGGCAGCGGCGAGCUCCUCGCCAUCCCCGGCGUCGGGCCCCGCAACCUCAGGAAGCUCGUCGACAACGGCUUCGAGGGCGUCGCGCACCUCAAGCAGCUCUACAGGGAUAAGUUCUUUGGGAAGUCUAGUGAGAAGAUGGUUGAGUUCUUACAGAGUUCGGUCGGCAUCAUACAUAAGAACCACGCUGAGAGUAUAACUUCAUUCAUUAAAGAGAGUGUUGUUGAGGAGCAAGAAGAUACCAACUCGUCUAAGCCCCCUCAGAAGAAGAGGCUAACCUUUUGCGUGGAAGGAAACAUUAGUGUUGGCAAAAGCACCUUCCUUCAGAGGAUAGCUAAUGAGACUAUUGAACUACGUGAUCUUGUGGAAAUCGUACCUGAACCUGUUGCCAAGUGGCAGGAUGUUGGCCCUGAUCACUUCAAUAUACUGGAUGCCUUCUAUGCUGAGCCAGAACGAUAUGCUUACACGUUCCAAAACUAUGUCUUUGUGACAAGGGUUAUGCAAGAAAGGGAAUCUUCAGGUGGAAUAAAACCUCUCAGACUGAUGGAAAGAAGUGUUUUCAGUGACAGGAUGGUAUUUGUCCGUGCUGUUCACGAAGCUAAAUGGAUGAAUGAGAUGGAGAUCAGCAUCUAUGAUUCCUGGUUUGAUCCAGUGGUGUCCUCUCUCCCAGGUCUUAUCCCAGAUGGAUUUAUCUAUUUAAGAGCCAGCCCAGAUACUUGCCAUAAAAGGAUGAUGCUCCGGAAAAGAUCAGAAGAAGGCGGUGUUAGUCUUGACUACUUGCAAGGUCUGCAUGAGAAACAUGAGAGUUGGCUAUUUCCUUCGAAAGGAGGAGGCCGUGGUGUUUUAUCAGUCAGUCAGCUGCCAAUGCAUAUGGAGGGCUCCUUGCCUCCAGGAAUACGGGAUCGCGUUUUCUACCUGGAAGGAGAUCACAUGCAUUCUAGUAUCCAGAAGGUUCCUGCUCUGGUCUUGGACUGUGAACCUGACAUUGACUUCAACAAAGACAUACAGGCUAAACGACAAUAUGCUCAGCAAGUUGCCGAGUUCUUUGAAUUCGUGAAUAGCAAAAAGGAAGCUCCAUCUGAACAAACAAGCACCGAGAAGGACCGUAUGAAUCCACAGAUCAUGUUCCCUAACAAAGGCGGCUUGUGGGUCCCUGGAGGUGUACCCCCUUUCACAGGCUCGGCAAUGAAUCUGGAUUUCAGGAGAGCCAUGUCUUCAUAUCUCCCAACCUAAGACUUCAGAUUCACAAGUACUUGGGCCUGUUUGGUUGAACUCUUGGGAAGUCGUAAUGUUAACUUUUUACCUAAACUGGCUUAUGGAAGAUCCACUGGUGUGGCAAGCUUAGCUAACAAGAUGAGCCUAUGACACAUGGCCAUGUGGCUAAGAAAGUGGUGAACCAUGUUUGUGGUAGUGAGCCAAGCAAAGACACUCCUCACUGACCUUUGUAGAAAUCGCUGAUGCUUUUCUCUAGACCUAGCUUGCCUAAUGCUAGCCGACGAUGUAAGAUAGUAUGUCCGUCUCCAUCUUGUAAAUUGAUCUCACUGGUAGUUUCAUGUUUAGUGGUAGCGUUAGCUUCUGUUUUAUCUGAACUACGGUGAUAAGCCAUGUCUGUACCGCAUGUUUUGUUGCUGGUUGCUGGCUGCGUUCUGUUGAGAGGAUUCAGAUUUCAGAACUACUACAUCGUUGUUGGUUAAAGGCUCUGCCUACCCUUUUUUUA